GAAUAAUGGAAGGCUUCUUCAAACAAACAACGACGACAACAACUGAAAAAGAGCAGAAAAAGCAGCUCAGAAGAAGAACAAAAUGGGUACGCUGAGAGUACCAGAUGUAGUUCCUUCUCCGACCCAGGACAGUGAGAGACUCAGAAAAGCUUUCCAAGGGUGGGGAACGGACGAGAAGGCGAUCAUAUGGGUGUUAGGUCACAGGACUGCGAGCCAACGGAGGAAGAUCAGAGACACUUAUCAACAACUCUACAACGAGUCUCUCAUCGAUCGCCUCCAAUCAGAGCUCUCCGGCGAUUUCCGGAAAGCUGUGAUACUGUGGACAUUGGACCCUCCUGAAAGGGAUGCCAACUUGGCUAGGGAAGCUCUGAAGAGCAAGCGGAAGGGCGUUGAUCAUCUUAAGGUGAUCGUAGAGAUGGCGUGUGCCGCGUCCCCACAUCAUCUGAUGGCUGUGAGGCAAGCCUACUGUUCCCUCUAUGAUUGCUCCCUAGAGGAAGACAUCACAAGCAACGUGACCCCACCUGUACGAAAGCUUCUUGUGGGCUUAGUAAGCUCCUACAGAUAUGAUAGAGAAGUGGUGGAAGAGAUUGUUGCCAAGUCGGAGGCAUCUAAGCUUAGGGAUGCCAUUGAAAGGAAGCAGCUGGAUGAUGAUGACCUGGUUUGGAUACUCAGUACAAGGAAUGUGUUUCAACUCAGAGCAACAUUUGAGCGUUACAGAGAAACAUAUGGGAACCCCAUCGACGAGCACAUUAAGAGGUGUGGUACCGGCAAUUUGGAAUCCAUCUUGCGAAUUGUUGUCUGGUGCAUUGGUUCGCCGGAGAAACACUUUGCAGAGGUUGUGAGAGCUUCCAUUGUUGGGUUUGGAACUGACGAAGAUUCACUUACCAGAGCCAUUGUAACUCGGGCUGAAAUUGACAUGGUGAAGAUCAAAGAAGAGUACUUCAAAGUGAACAAAACUACCCUUGACUAUGCAGUCAUUGACGACACAUCAGGGGACUACAAGGAUUUCUUGAUAACUCUUCUUGGAGAAAAAAUGUAAUGCUUAGGCUAAGCUUAAUGCUUUUUUUUUUUUUUUUGGCUGGAUAAACUUAAUGUUAUGAUGUCAACAACCUUGCUCAUCCAAUUGUCUGUCUAUAAUAAAAUUAAAAGGGGAAUUAGCUUGUGAUUUGUGAACCUGGAGAAACUCAGUUAGCAUGUGAUUCAUAUUGUUUGUACAAAAGGUUUCUUGCUGAAUGUACUUUAUGACAAGCCCAAGAUCAUAAAUCCCCAUGAA